GCGUCACCACAUCUCUGCGUUACUCUUUGGAAAAGUUUUCACUAUAAAAGCACACUGCCGGCAGCGUCUUAACAACAGUCUGUUUAUCGAUACUCGAUAGCAAACACAUACCGUUAAUUUAGCUCCUUCCUUUUUUAAUCAAAAAGUGAUUUUAGAUUUGAUCACCAUGAAGGUACUUAUUGUUGCAAUGUUGGCCCUCACCAUCGCCAUUGUCGCUGGCGAAGACAAAUACACAACCAAAUACGAUAAUAUCGAUAUUGAGGAAAUCUUGAAAUCAGACCGAUUGUUCAAGAACUAUUUCAAUUGUUUGAUGGAAUCUGGUAAAUGCACCCCAGACGGUCGUGAAUUGAAGCGAGUUCUUCCCGAUGCAUUGAAAACUGGUUGCAGCAAGUGCAGUGACAAACAACGUGCUGGAACUGAACGUGUACUUAAAUUCAUCAUUGAAAAUAAACCAGAACAAUGGAAGGCCCUUCAAGAAAAAUACGAUCCCGAUGGUGUUUACUUCAAGAAGUACGAAAACGAGGCUAAGCAACUUGGAGUUAAGGCUUUUAAUGUCGCAUGCUUUCCACCCCAUAUGACAAAAGUAUAUAAGAGGCUUUUAGAUUCCAUCACUGCUCUGAAAGUAUCAAUUUUUAAAAACGACGAAAUGUUCAACCGAGUGAUAAUUUUUUGUCUGUUCCUGUUAACAGGACUUAUUCAAGCCCAUCCAACUCCAAAUCCAGCUGCCGAAGCUACCACGGCUCGAGAAACUUACGAUACAAAAUUCGAUAACAUUGAUAUUGAUGAAAUUCUUGGGAGUGAACGUCUUCUCAAGAACUAUGUCAAUUGCUUAGCUCGCGAAGGUCCUUGUACAACCGAUGGUAAAAUGUUACAAGCGAUCACAUCGCCAUUUGAAUAUAUUAGAAAUACUCCCCGACGCGGUAUCAACCGAUUGCAUGAAAUGUACAGAGAAACAGAAGACGGGGUCGGAGAAGGUGACACAUUACCUGAUCGACAACAAACCACAAGAUUGGGAACGCUUAGAAAAAUUAUACGAUCCGCAAGGAAGCUAUCGCAAAGCUUAUUUGGAAGAGAAGGGCGAAGGGACAAAGGAAUAAGAGAAAUAAGUUUUACGGUAAGAAAGGAGAGUCUUUUGUAAACCAGCGAAUUUCCAUUUCCAAGCAGUGUCAACCGUUUUUAGUUAACUUUUAUGAAUUUGUGUAUAAAUAAAGAAUUUUGCAUUUAAAUAA